AUGGUUAAUGGUACUCCUAGUUGUAUGUUGGCUCAGAAAUUGAAAUUACUUAAAAGGGAUUUGAAAAAGUGGAAUAAAGAGGUUUUUGGCCAGGUGGAGGUUCAGAAAGCAGAAGUAGUGGCCAUCCUUCAGUGCUUAGAUGCACAGGAGGUUUCUGGCAGCCUUUUAGACGCGGAUGCAGUUAGAAGGGACGUGGCCAGGCAUGAUUAUGUUCGUUUGGCUCGUAUGGAAGAAACAUGUUUUCGUCAAAAAGCUCGAUGUUUAUGGUUGAAAGAGGGGGAUCAGAAUACCAAGUUUUUUCAUCGAAUGGCUAAUAGCCAUCGAAAGGCUAACCAGAUUGUGCGAAUGCGGAUGGACAGGCGAGAUUUGAUUACUGAUGAGGAUAUUCGGGGAGGCAUUGUAGGUUUUUAUCAGCGACUCUUUCGGGCUCAAGAUGGGAAAUUGAGGUCGGGGUUGGAUGGGGUCCUGUUUGAUGUUAUCUCUGCAGGGGGUAGGGAGGGAUUAGAGUGGGCCUUUACAGAGGAGGAGGUGUUUGGGGCUUUGAAGAUGGUGUCAGUGGAUGAAGUUCUGUGUUUUCACAGUGCAGAUGUCUGUGUUGGUGAAUGUAGAUUGCUGUCUAGGACUGUUCAUGAAGGUCUGUUGCAAGGUUUUCGGGUGGGCUUGUCAUCAGGGACAGCAAUGGGGGUGUCUUACUUACUGUAUGCAGAUGAUGCUUUGGUUUUCUGCGAUGCGGAUCUGUGGGAGAGGCUGCCAGUAUUAGCGGUGGUUCUAGGAUGCAAGGUAGCCAAUUUACCAGUGACUUACUUGGGUUUGCCUUUGGGUGCUACUUGCAAGGCAAAAGGGGUGUGGGAUGGGGUGGUAGAGCGAGUUCAACGUCGUUUGGCAGGUUGGAAGCAACAAUAUUUAUCGAAAGGAGGACAGUUGACUUUGAUUAAGAGUGUGUUGAGCAGUCUUCCGACUUACUUUAUGUCAUUGCAUGUUAUUCCCGUCUCUGUGGCUGCUCGCUUAGAGAAACUUCAGCGGGAUUUUCUGUGGGGCAAUGGAGGUGAGGAUUUCAGAUAUCACUUGGUUGAUUAG